AUGGCGGUGCCAAACGUGCCGCCAAGGUCUAUCACCGGACCGGCUUCCACCAAUGAUAGUCAAGUUUUGUCUACAUAUCUCUCGGGUAUACCCGGAGCUACCCGAAGCACCAGAAUGAUCAUUCCGGAGCCCGCCAGCUGUUCGCGUCCGGUUCUAUUCACUGAGGUUCAGAAGAGACCGGUGGGCCUCAAGUUGAAUCGUAGUUUCUCAGCAGAAAAGCUGGAGAUUAUUGAGAAGCUCCUGGAACCUCAUAAUGAGGCCAUUAUAGACGAAUACUUUAGAAAAGUAAACGUGUGUCUACCACUUCUAGAUGAAGUCUCAUUUCGUCGUCAAUACCGGGAAGACAAGACGCGGAUUUCGCCAGCGCUGCUGGCAUGUCUGUAUGCUCAUACCAUUGUGUACUGGCAAAGCUCCCCCGUCUUGAGUCGGUACAGGUGUCCGGAGAGUCGCUUCAUCUGGAACCUCGCCAACGAAGCGGUAUACUCAGAGCUUCACCUAUCGCCCGGCAUGUCUAUCAUCAAGGCAAUUGUACUCAAUAUUGGUGGACGCCCUACCACCUCUUUGAUAGGUAACGGCGUGCUUCUCGGAUCUGCAGUCUCCAUGGCACAUUCGUUGGGACUGAACCACAGCCCUCUUCCAUGGCAGAUUCCGCUACCGGAGAAGUAUUUGCGCAUGAAGAUUUGGUGGGCGCUGUUGGUUCAUGACAGAUGGACAAGCUUGGCACACGGCACGCCGCCUCACAUCCAAAAGUCCCAGUAUGAUGUACCUCCGCCAACUCUAGAGUAUCUUAGUGAAGGCUUAGCAGACGGAAAUAACCCGCGUUCUGAGCUCAGAACCAAUAUCUUCAUUUCGCUAGUAACUCUAAGCGAAGUGCUUGACCGAUUCCUGCAGUACGUGUACUGCGUUGGACGAGAUAAACAGACCACUACCGAUCUAGAGCAUGCAUUGCAUCGAUGGGUUGAGACAUUGGAGGGACCUUGUCGCCGGAUUGUCUUACGAGGAUCUCAUCUGGAUGUUACCGGAGCCGCAAACCUUCGCUUAGCAUACUUAACCGCCAAACUGCUAUUGCAGAGGAUACAGCUUGAGGCAGAGAAGCAGGGAGACCAUGUCAACGAGGAGGGAGUGUUGAAUCGGUAUUCUGGGGCACGCAUGACAUCUGAGGAGAUGUUGAUGCUCAUUCAAGACUUUCAGCCGGAGCACCUCGGUGAUUUCUGGAUGUCCGUCAGCUCCUUUUCUUUCCCGGCUGCAGUCAACUUCUUGUUGCGGUGCGCGCUGGAGACUGAGAAUUCCCCCGAAGGGUUGGCCCAAAGCCCCUCGUUCAGGAUUGCCCGCGACAUAAUCACCACGCUUCGAUCACAUCAGGAGCAGUACAAGUGGGAUUUGGGCGACAUCUGCCUUGCCCAACAUGCCGAGAUUGUGGAGAAGAUCCUGGCGGGCGUGGCGCCAGACGAGCAAGGUGGAAAUAAUAGCAGCCUGGACCUCCAGGACUUUGACGCCUCGAUCCUGGAUCACAUCUUUCCAAGCGUAUGGGACCCGUUGCAAAACGCCUGGUAA